CAGGACUUGUGUGGCCGGUAACAGCACAAGCACAUCCCAGGAGCCACGGAGAAGAAGCGAGGGAAGCAACACCCACACGGAACUCGCGGAAGCGAGCAGAAAAUUAUCGGUUUAUCACCUAUCGAGCUCCCGCGAGAGACGAUGGGAAGCGCAGGAGCGCUGCUCUCCCACCCGCCACCGCAAGUCGGCAGCAUCCUCCUCCGUCGCCACCACAUCUCUCUUCCCCAUCUCUCCUCAUGCAUGCCCGAGCCCCUCCACUGCCGCCGCCGGCACCUUCGCUGUUCCGCUGUUGAGGGGAGCAGCAGACAGGACACGAAUUUGCCAGCGUCUCAAAGAGAAGAGUCUCCAUCGAGCAGCCUCGGCGCCACCCUCCAAGAUCCACUUCCAGGACGUGUCGAAAAUGGUUCUUUUGAAGGUGUCACACAGGAAGAAGAUCAGAGUAGUCUAUACAAUUUUCUUUAUCCAAGCAAAGAGCUACUUCCAGAUGAUAAGGAAAUGAGUAUAUUUGAUCAUCUAGAGGAACUUCGUGCGAGGAUAUUUAUAUCAGUAUUGGCUGUUGGAGCUUCAAUAAUUGGUUGUUUUGCUUUCUCCAAAGAUAUAAUUAAGAUUCUUGAAGCGCCUGUUAGUGUUCAGGGUGUCAGAUUUUUGCAGCUCUCCCCUGGAGAAUUUUUCUUUACAACAUUGAAGGUGAACUGCUGUGCACUUAGUAUUUUGUUGAUAUUAUUCUUGUAGUUUUUUAGAUAAUUA